AGGGUGUGAGAGGCCUCUCUGGAAGUUGUCCCGGGUGUUCGCCGCUGGAGCCCGGGUCGAGAGGACGAGGUGCCGCUGCCUGGAGAAUCCUCCGCUGCCGCCGGCUCCUGGAGCCCAGCCCUUUCCUAACCCAACCCAACCCAACCCAGUCCCAGCCGCCAGCGCCUGUCCCUGCCGCGGACCCCAGCGUUACCAUGCAUCCAGCCGUCUUCCUAUCCUUACCCGACCUCAGAUGCUCCCUUCUGCUCCUGGUAACUUGGGUUUUUACUCCUGUAACAACUGAAAUAACAAGUCUUGAUACAGAGAAUAUAGAUGAAAUUUUAAACAAUGCUGAUGUUGCUUUAGUAAAUUUUUAUGCUGACUGGUGUCGUUUCAGUCAGAUGUUGCAUCCAAUUUUUGAGGAAGCUUCCGAUGUCAUUAAGGAAGAAUUUCCAAAUGAAAAUCAAGUAGUGUUUGCCAGAGUUGAUUGUGAUCAGCACUCUGACAUAGCCCAGAGAUACAGGAUAAGCAAAUACCCAACCCUCAAAUUGUUUCGUAAUGGGAUGAUGAUGAAGAGAGAAUACAGGGGUCAGCGAUCAGUGAAAGCACUGGCAGAUUACAUCAGGCAACAAAAAAGUAACCCCAUUCAAGAAAUUCGGGACUUAGCAGAAAUCACCACUCUUGAUCGCAGCAAAAGAAAUAUCAUUGGAUAUUUUGAGCAAAAGGACUCGGACAACUAUAGAGUUUUUGAACGAGUAGCGAAUAUUUUGCAUGAUGACUGUGCCUUUCUUUCUGCAUUUGGAGAUGUUUCAAAACCGGAAAGAUACAGUGGAGACAACAUAAUCUACAAACCACCAGGGCAUUCUGCUCCAGAUAUGGUGUACUUGGGAGCUAUGACAAAUUUUGAUGUGACUUACAAUUGGAUUCAAGAUAAAUGUGUUCCUCUUGUCCGAGAAAUAACAUUUGAAAAUGGAGAGGAAUUGACAGAAGAAGGACUGCCUUUUCUCAUACUCUUUCACAUGAAAGAAGAUACAGAAAGUUUAGAAAUAUUCCAGAAUGAAGUAGCUCGGCAAUUAAUAAGUGAAAAAGGUACAAUAAACUUUUUACAUGCUGAUUGUGACAAAUUUAGACAUCCUCUUCUGCACAUACAGAAAACUCCAGCAGAUUGUCCUGUAAUCGCUAUUGACAGCUUUAGGCAUAUGUAUGUGUUUGGAAACUUCAAAGAUGUAUUAAUUCCUGGAAAACUCAAGCAAUUUGUAUUUGACUUACAUUCUGGAAAACUGCACAGAGAAUUCCAUCAUGGACCUGACCCAACCGAUAUAGCCCCAGGAGAGCAAGCCCAAGAUGUAGCAAGCAGUCCACCUGAGAGCUCCUUCCAGAAACUAGCACCCAGUGAAUAUAGGUAUACUCUAUUGAGGGAUCGAGAUGAGCUUUAAAAACUUGAAAAACAGUUUGUAAGCCUUUCAACAGCAGCAUCAACCUACAUGGUGGAAAUAGUAAACCUAUAUUUUCAUAAUUCUAUGUGUAUUUUUAUUUUGAAUAAACUGAAAGAAGUUUUGGGUUUUUAAUUUUUUUCUCCCCGACUCAAAAUGCAUUGUCAUUUAAUAUAGCCUCAAAAAAAAAAAAAAAAAAAAAACCUGCUAGGAUUUAAAAAUAAAAAUCAGAGGCCUAUCUCCACUUUAAAUCUGUCAUGUAAAGAAAGGUGACAUUGCCAGAAACUUACCAUUAACUUGCACUACUACGGUAGGGAGGACUUAGGGAUGUUUCCUGUGUCGUAUGUGCUUUUCUUUCUUUCAUAUGAUCAAUUCUGUUGGUAUUUUCAGUAUCUCAUUUCUCAAAGCUAAAGAGAUAUACAUUCUGGAUACUUGGGAGGGGAAUAAAUUAAAAUUUUCACACUGUGUACUGUGUUUUACUGAUUGGUUGGAUAUUGCUUAUGAAAAUUCCAUAGUGGUAUUUUUUUGGAUUCUUAAUGUGUAACUUAAACAUACUUUGAAGCGGAGGAGAGUCAUAAGACAGAACAUUUGGCAGGAAUUGUCCUUAUGAACCAAGAAAAAGAAAAUGAAAAGUAUUAUUAAGCUUCUGUGUUUGUCUAAAAAUGUGGCAUAUGGGUGACAUUUAAAACUCUGAAUGAAUUAUACCUAAAUCUGGGAAAGGGAGGUGACAGUGAAACAGGUUACCAGUCAGAACUAGAUUAGUUUUAAGGCUACUCCUAUUAUGAGACUUCAAUUUCCAAAGAGAAGAACCAGCAGAGAAAUUGUAUUUCGGUAAUUUUAACCUCCUUCUGUCUUGUAGAGUCUUGUUAGAGUUGUGUAAAUUAAAAACACAGAAUAAGGAACAUAUUUAACUUUUCUUUCCAUUGUAAAAUGGUUAGAGGACCUUACCCCCUCUAGAUUCCCUGAUUUCCCAGGCCUGCAGCAUACAGUAAGAUGGGUCCCUGUGCCAGGCCUCAAUACUGCCAGGGAAUAAAACCAGAGGGAGAGGACCCUCAGUGUCAUAUCAGGAAGCCCAAUGCCAGAGGACAGACAGGCUCAAAAUUGGCUUUUCCUCUGGGCCCGGGUUGGUGCUAUAGGCCAAGGGUCAUUUUAUACUUGGGUGUAAAUCAAUCCCAGUUUGGGAAAAGAUUAUUUUUAAGCUUAAAAGGCUGACAUGUGCCAUUAUAUGUAGUAUGUAAUAUAUGUAUCAUCUUCCAAUUCUUUUAAAAUAAAAUAUUUAUAAUGGA